AUGACCUCGGCGCUCCGGGGCCGGUCCCACCAGAUCCUGCACAGCGUCAGCACUGCGUUGGCGGCGCGCAAGAACGUGGAGGGAGACGCGCGCGCGUCGUGCGUUCUCGUUGCGCCGCCAGAAGAGAUAAUUAUUCGGUGUGGCCUCGCAGGCACGGCAUCUACGUGCAUCUUCGCGAGCGUUCACGUUAACGGGAACGCCGCCCACAGCAAGCGGAAGCGGCAGCAUGCACACCAGGCGCGUGCCUCAUCUGACUCCAAUGCGACUGGACGAUGUUCGCGCACGUUGGCGCUGCACACCCAGCACACACGGGGCGGCACUUGGUCUUGGUCGUCGCUUGACAUUGGCAAAUUAAACGCAGUGCCGACUAAUAAUUAA